AUGGCAGAGCAUGCGAUCAUCAGUGAACCGAUGGAGCUGCCAUCGCUCCCGCCCAAUCAGGGCCUUGAGGCGACGAAGGAUAUCAUAUUUGGAUCGUCGGCAGGAAUGGCAGGCAAACUCAUCGAGUACCCCUUUGACACCGUCAAGGUCCGACUACAGUCACAACCCGAACACCUUCCUCUCCGAUAUACAGGACCACUGGAUUGUUUCCGCCAGUCCUUCCGAGCCGAUGGCCUCCGAGGACUAUACAGAGGCAUCAGUGCCCCCAUGACCGGAGCUGCCGUGGAGACCAGCUGUCUCUUCUUCAGUUAUCGUCUCAUCCAGGAUGCUCUGCGCGCGACGGUCUACCCAGGCGUUGAGCACCUACCAUUCGUCGCUCUCAUUGCUAGUGGAGCUCUAUCCGGCUCGGUAACCUCGCUGGUACUUACACCAAUCGAACUGGUGAAGUGCAGGAUGCAGGUCCCCGCGGAGUCAGCAGUCCUCAAACCCGGCCCGGUGGCCAUCGUCGCAGGCAUUUUCCGACAUGAAGGGCUGGCAGGAUUCUGGCGGGGCCAGAUGGGAACCUUGAUCCGGGAAACUGGCGGGAGCGCAGCGUGGUUCGGCGGAUACGAGGGCGUAUCAUCGCUCUUCCGCAAGUAUAACAAGUCGGACCCGCAAUUGACCUCCGACUCGCUCCCUAUCCACCAACAAAUGAUUGCAGGAGCAACGGCUGGAAUCAGCUACAACUUCCUGUUUUAUCCGGCCGAUACAAUCAAGUCCCGCAUGCAGACGGUGGACGUCUCACAACUGCCGGUCCAUGCCCAGCAACAGACCUUCUGGGGCGAGACCAAGGCUCUCUGGAGGCAGCAAGGGCUCAGGGGCAUGUACCGCGGGUGCGGGAUCACCUGCGCGCGCUCGGCGCCCAGCUCGGCUUUUAUUUUCACUUUGAAUAAACGCAGCUGCUUGCGUUGCAGCCAAAGAAAAGUGCGGUGCGAUAAAGUAUAUCCAUGCAGCAUAUGUGUGAAAGCCGGAGUGCAGUGCACCUUUCCAGGUCCAAAGAGAACACGGCGGACAUUGAAUAGGCCACCAGUCAGUGAGUUACUCACUCGCCUAAAGCAUCUUGAAGAAGAGGUUGAGCAACUCCGUUCAACGCGCUGCAACCCGUAUACCGACCAUACGGACUUGGACGAUGAUCCGAAUCUGCAAAAGACAGUCAAAAAGACAGAGUUGCUGGUUCUCAAAGAGGGAAAGAGUCGGUACGUCAGUGACGAGGCUUCUGUUGCACUGGGACAAAAGAUCUCUGAACUCCGUGAUAUUAUUGAAAGCCCCUCAGAUGAUGAGCCAUAUUCACUCGAUGCAAAUUAUAACCCCACUAUCCUCGCAGAGGGUGGAAUUCUUGGAAAUCACGACUCCACCUGGUCUCUCGACUCUUUUCGCCUCCAUUAUUGUCAACCAGCAAGAAUUGAUGCACUAUGGAGAACAUACCAAGAAAACGUGGCACCAUUGAUUGUCAUACUCCACCAAGCCACCAUGGGAAGGAUAGUCCAAGACGCCUGUGCUGGCAGUGACUUAUCACCCUCAGAUGAGGCAUUACUAUUCUCCGUGUGUUAUGCCGCUGUGGCUAGCAUGGGAGCGCACAUAUGCCCUUCCAUACUGGACAUCGACCGGGAUACAGCCAUCCAGGACUGCAGACGAGCAGUGAGCCAGGGGCUUCGCCGAGCUAAUUUCAUCAGUUCUCAGAGCUUGUCUGCUCUCCAAGCGGCCGUUCUGUUCUUGCUAUGUUAUCGAGUCGGCGGUGAUACACGACUUGUAUGGGCCGAAUCUGCCGUCGUGAUACGGGUUGCACAAGCACAAGGAGUCCAUCGCGAUGGGCAGAAUUUUGCAUUACCACCCUUCGAAACAGAGAUGCGCCGUCGGUUAUGGUGGCAUAUCUGCAUGCUUGACAUGUUGUCUUCGGGAGACCAAGGUGUCGAUACUCAGAUUAGACCUGAAAUGUUCGACACCCAGUUUCCCAGUAAUAUUGACGAUGAUGACAUUGCCUUGUACAUGACGGAUCGGCCACUACCGAAGACUGGCUUCACAAAUAUCACCAUCUGCAUCAUGACCUGUCACAUCAUGACGGAAAUACUCUGGCCGCGUCAGGGUGGAUACUCGGAUAUGUCUACGCACGACCGCGAGAAUCUCGUCACAGCUUUGGGGAAAAGGCUUCAUGAACAGUAUAUCGAUCAUUUCAACCUGGAUAUCCCGAUUCAUUGGGUAGUUGCAACUGUUGUGCGACUCCAACUCUCCAAAGCGUGGCUGGCGACUCAGUUCCAGUCCGGAGACUCGGACGUGAAGUCCUACCGCCACGACGACCGUGUAUUCAAGACUGCUGUCGAGCUUGCACAGUUCUCCUAUCUCCUGCACACCAACGAAGGAACACCGCAGUGGAGCUGGCUAUGCACAAGCUUCAAGGAAUGGCAUGUGGUCGCUUUUAUACUCUCGGAGCUAUGCUUGCGUCCACUUAGCCCCGAGACUGACCAUGCUUGGGAUGUCGUGACCAAAAUAUAUAGGUCGUGGCAGCAUGAUAUGCCGCGGACUGAUGCCAUGCUUCAGAAGCCCUUGGAUCGGCUCAUGGCACGCACGGCCGCAUCACGGGCUAGCAGACAAGAGCAGGAUGGCCAGGCACCAUUCAGUCAAGAGGCUUUGUCCGAUGAGUCUCUUGGAUUGGGUGACACCGAUUCCGAUUUGCUUUUCUCUGGUGUGGACUGGCUUUCUGGGUCCUUAUUUUAG